CCUUAGAUUCAGAAGCACUCCUGUUGGAGAUAGUAAAAGUGCAUUCAUUCCAAAUCUCUUACCAUCUCUACUGGUAAGAAAAAAGUUUCUUCAAACAGAUCUGCAUCGCUUGCAAUCCUACUCUCAAUGACGGCCAGCAAAUCCAAGUCCUCUAGCAUUAUCGUGAUAAAAAUUAAUAGCGUCCCAAUAAAUCUCAAUAGCUCCCUUUAGAAGAGAAAUUAGAACUGAUUAUUCUUUUAUUGAUGAUUUGUGGGGAAAAAGUCCAAACCCUUUCAACGUCAGCCAAAUUUCCCGUCCAAAAAUGUUCCGGAAGCAGGUCCCGGGACUCGGCCGAAAGGGGAAAACCUUAAGCCAGUCCUUAUUCCUUACCAAAAAUUUGCUCCUCUAGCCGUCGGGCCGUCGUUUGUCUAGGGCUUUCCCGGACUACCCAUUUCAAUUUUCAUUUCGACCGAUCGCUGACGGAGUUCCACCACAGCAGGAGGGAAACAAUGUCUCUGUGAAUGAUCUGGCCUCAAAUAUGGCGAACAACGCCACCAAAGAACCCAGCACCGCUCCGCAGCCGGACAAGUGGUACGACCUAACUCUAGGCUCUUCCUUCACCGAGGCGGCCUCCUCCUCCAAGUUCUGCACGCUCAGAUAUGAAUUCAAGCCGGCAUCGAUCGAUAAGAGUCAGCCGGGAAGCCUGAUCAAGACGAAGGACAACAAGGUGACCGUCGAGUUCCAGAACAACCAGCCGGGAAAGCCCAAGGUGAUCUUUGAGGGCACCAGCGAGGCGAAGGACAACGAGGCCGUCCUCUUGUUUGACGGCAACUCUUUCCGCCUCGAACGCCUGCAUCGCGCUGUCAAGCGCCUUCGUCAUCUCCGCCUGCCUGGGGAGUCAUCUUCUGCCGCUGCCGCUGCCGCCGCUUCUGCAGCCUCUGCCAGCGACCCUCUUCUGCGAAGUCCUCCUCAUGCGAAACCAUCAGCAGCGAAACCGCUUUCAGUGCCACCGUCUUCUGUGACUAAGACUGCCCUACACUCGGUGGUUCCUGUUGAAGUGGAGCGAAUUGAUAUUGGCGAGUUUGGCAGCUCAGGUGCCAAACCUGCUGAUAAGAAUUCGGUUGAUUAUUCAAAUGCAGUGCCAAUCUUGCCAACUUCAUCUCCAAUAGGGAAGAGUGAUGAGUCUGAAAAGAUUGAUGUGCUUAUGGAUGACGAUGAAGCAGAGGCUGGACUUGGAGAGGCUCCAAAGAUGAAUUUGAACAUGAGGAAUAUUGAGAAUGACUCUGAGGAUGAGAUUGCUGAUGUGGAUAUUACAGAUGAGGAAGCUGACAAGGGACCAAAUGCUGCAGAAGCUUUACGUGCUCAAGUUAAUGCACAGGCGCGCAAUGGACAGACAUCCAGCUCAAGUGGUAGCAGUGGCAGUGGGAGCAGUGGAAGCGGCAGCGGCAGUGCGAGUGGGAGUGGGAGUGGCAGCAGCAGUGAUAGCGAAGCCAGUGAUGAUGACUCGGUGAACUCAGUAUAAAAUGUCAGAUGCGUUCACUGAGAUCCUGUGCAGCACUCAGAUUUGCAAUGCUUUGGUUGGUAGAACAGCUACACCUACAGGAACCGGUUGACUUACUAGAAAUCACAUUUUUUCAGCCAGUGGUUUGUUGAUGACUCGCACCAUUAGCAUCAACACUGAAGGGCAACCUUUGUGGGGAGUGCAGUUGCAUGGUGAAUACAGAAGGAAGGUGAAGGAUGCAAAUUUAAAUUCUGUUUUGCCCUGUGUAUCCUGUUCUUUUGCAUUUGAGUGGUGGCUUUGAGCUUGGUGGCAAUGCCUACAAUCUGUUCAAGUCAGAUAUAAUUUUAAAUAAAUAUCUCAUUGACAAUGCCUACAA